UGCACAGGCACAAGCCCCCCAGAGCCUGGUGUGCCGCUCAGCAUGGGGACAGCUGGCGACAGGGCCGUAUUGCACAGCAUCUUCCACCCUCAGAGCCCACUGAGGGAAGCCAUUGCGGAGGAGCAGGAGCAGGAGCAGGAGCAAGAGGAUGCAGGAGCAUUUGAGCCAGAGCUGCUGGAACAAGCCUUAGCUCUGGAGAUCCAGGGGAUCACAGCCGCUGAGUCAGGGGACCUGGAUAAGGCCCUGGAGAGGUUCGGCCAAGCCGUUCGGCUGCUCCCAGAGCGCGCCUCUGCCUACAACAACCGAGCCCAGGCCCUGCGCCUCAAGGGGGACGUGGCGGGAGCCAUGGAGGACCUGGCUGUGGCUCUGGAGCUCAGCAAGGGUGCCGGCCGGGUGGCGCGCCAGGCGUUGGUGCAGCGAGGGCUCCUUCAGCGGCUACAGGGGCAUGAUGAGGCAGCCCGGAAGGACUUUGCAGAAGCUGCCCGGCUGGGGAGUGCCUUUGCCCGCCAGCAGCUGGUGCUGAUGAACCCCUAUGCGGCCCUCUGCAACCAGAUGCUGUCGGAAGUGAUGAAGAAGCUGCAGGGGCCAGGAGCCCCAAGCCAGGAGCCCAGCCAGGAGCAACUGCUGCCUGGAUCCUGGACUCAUCCUGCCGGCCGGCAGGCGCCUUGAGGAGCCCUUGAGCAGCCCUGAAUCCUAGGAGGGAGCCUGGACGAGCCCCUGGAGGCUGCGGGUGGGGGGCAGGGGGAGGACUGGCAGGGUUGGGCUUCCCUGGCUUGCAAGGAAAAUCCAUUAAAAUGAAAUGAUUUUUCCAGCGUA